AUGAGAUGCGCCGUCGCUACACUGCGCGCAGAUACUAGGUUUGCCAGCCUGAAGCGCGUCUGCCAAUACCAUCGGUUCAAUCAUCGAAUCCCUCGUGGGUUCCAUUCAUCAACUUGUAGAUACCAGCUCCCUGAGGGCACGGGGUCUGACCCACGGCUGGAAGGGCUGGGGAAAGUCAUUGAGGAUGAAUAUGCGGUGAUUCGGGAAGUUUAUGAUACCCCAAAGCAUGCCAUUGUCCUAGCCCAUGGGCUUCUUGGAUUUGAUGAAUUGCGCCUUGCUGGCCCUUACUUUCCUGGUGUGCAAUACUGGCGCGGCAUUAAAGAGGCGCUGUCAGUGAAAGGAAUUGAGGUCAUCACCGCUACAGUACCUCCUUCAGGCUCCAUUGAAGCACGUGCUGAGGAACUAGCAAAGGAUAUUGCUGCUGGUGCUCAAGGGAAGGCUGUUAAUAUUAUUGCGGGUGAGACAUUCAUGUCAAACGGAAUAGUCCUUUACAUAUUGAUCCAUAUUCCAGAGGGCUUGACUCCCGAUAUAUGA